CCUUGGCCUUACAGGCGUCCAGCAGCGUGGCAAGGGUCUCGCGGUCCCCGCGGUCCAGGGCGUGGACAAGUGCCGAGGCGCCAGCGUGAUCUCGGACGGAGGGGUCUGCGCCAUGGGCCAGGAGCAGCGAGGCAACGGCGGCGCCCCCACCCCCGGCGCAAGCGUGCAUGAGCGCGGUGCGCCCCAGGCGGUCUGCAAUGUUGGGGUCCGCGCCUUGCUCCAAGAGGUUUCUCUCAUUGCACCUCUGAAUACCCAGGCCCCCUCCACCAUGGCCAGCCGGGGUGGGGGCCGGGGUCGUGGCCGAGGCCAGUUGACCUUCAACAUGGAGGCCGUGGGCAUUGGGAAGGGAGAUGCUUUGCCCCCACCCACCCUGCAACCUUCUCCACUCUUCCCUCCCUUGGAAUUCCGCCCAGUCCCUCUACCCUCAGGAGAGGAAGGAGAAUAUGUCCUGGCACUGAAGCAGGAGCUACGAGGGGCCAUGAGGCAGCUCCCCUACUUCAUCCGGCCAGCUGUCCCCAAGAGAGAUGUCGAGCGGUACUCGGACAAAUAUCAGAUGUCAGGACCGAUUGACAAUGCCAUCGACUGGAAUCCUGAUUGGCGACGUCUACCACGGGAGCUAAAGAUCCGGGUGCGGAAACUGCAGAAGGAGCGGACCACCAUCCUACUCCCCAAGAGGCCCCCUAAGACCCCAGAAGAUAAGGAGGAAACAAUUCAGAAACUAGAGACCCUGGAGAAGAAGGAGGAAGAAGUGACUUCAGAGGAAGACGAGGAGAAAGAAGAAGAGGAGAAAGAAGAGGAAGAAGAAGAGGAGUAUGAUGAAGAAGAACAUGAAGAGGAAACUGAUUACAUCAUGUCAUAUUUUGACAAUGGAGAGGACUUUGGGGGUGACAGUGACGACAACAUGGAUGAAGCUAUAUACUGAAAAAGGGCCCUGAACAGUAUACUGGACCCUCCUAUUUUCCUUGAUUUGGGAUAUAGAGAGUUAUAAUCCCCAUUAUUUGGUUUGUGGGCAAGCAAAUUAUUCCUCUGACUUUACUCAGAGUUCAGAUAACCUUUUUGGUCCCUGGAGGUGGGAGUGGAGAACAGUGACAGACAGCUCUCUUUUCUACCAUUCCACUCCCUCCACCUCCGAUAUCUUGGGGAAAUGGCCAAGGACCAGUGUCUUAAUUGAGAGUUGAAAGAAGAAAGACCUGGGUUGUUAGCUGGGAGAGCUGUAUACACACCCCUACCCAUUUUUACCGCUUUUAAUGAGGAUAAUUUUGAGUAGGAGCAGUUAAGAGGAAUAAGGCCAGUUUUAUAUUUUUUAAUAAAAUGUUUUUAUCCGA